UUAUUGAAUAAAUCUAAAUGAAUGAUGCAAGAGUAGUCGUUAACGACAUUGGAAGCACAAUUCAAGAAUUAAUGGAUAUCGAAGAAGUAGUCACAGAGAAAAUAACGAAGGCCAUAACCCGGCUGGAGGAGAUUCGGUCAAAAUUUAAUCAAGAUCAGCAAGAUAUUAAAGUUGAUGUGAAUAUCAAGAAGAUACUCUUGAAAACUAGCUCUGCGAAUAAGCCUUCCUUCCAGUUGGAAGAAGCUAAGGAACCCCAAGCGAAGGAAAUCAUCGAAAUAACUUCUGAUUCUUCUGAAGAGCUUACACUAGUGAAGCAAGAAGCUGCUAAAAAAUUAGUUAAGCAUGAGGACCAGAGCUGAUCUCUGAAUCCUGAGUCUCUUCAUGGCCAGCCUGAGACUGCCAGUCAGCAACAAGAUGACAUUGACUUAUGAGUCGAGUUGUCUGAUAAGCCAGCCCGAUCUCUUAGAGAUAGCUGUAAUGAGUCUUGCGCAAGCGAGGAAAAGUCCCAACCGAUAGAUGAUAUUAAUAUAUCACCUCACAAGGUUCUGUCAAAUCCAAUGAAAAUUUCAGAGGUUAAUGAGAUUGGUAGUCACACAUUUUUCAAUAACUUCAAUGCUUUCAGAUCAGAAUCUCCUUCAGAUAAGACAAAGAACACAUCUUUGAUGGAAGAAACCAAAGCUAAUGAGUACUCAGGCCCAGCUACGACUCCUAACCUCUCGAAGAAAGGAGGAAAGUCAUCUAAAGAGAAAGUUAAGUCAUCCAGGACUAGCUUUCCCUGAAAUGAAGUUUUAGACAAACAGGCUGAUAAAGGCAAAAAGACUACUCCCAAUGUAGCAUCUCCAGCAGCCCCUAAAUUGGUUGGACUUGGGGCAAUAGAGGAGCCUCAAGUUCAAAAGCAUUUCUCUAGCAUAACUCAAGAAGUAGCCAAAGAUGAGGAAAUUAGAAUUGACCCAAACUUACUUCAUGCCUUAAUCGGGGAUACCGAACCUUCUCUUCAAAAGAAAAAAUAUUACAAAAAGAAGAGGCCAUCGAAUAAGAGAAACAAUCCUCCUUCUUCUGAAAAGCCAAAUGAGUCUGCAAAUAGCCCAACUGAUACAUCUAAGGAGGAGCAAAAAUCUCAGAGCAAGGGCAAAAAUUCAAAGAGUACUGAAGCGACUAGGAAUGUGUACCUUAGGAGGAACGAGAAAUUCACCAGGAAUCAAAUGAGAUUUUAUGACCAACAGGAGCUCCAUAAGGCAGUCACUAGUACUCAGAAGGUUAAGAAAAAGGCCAGAACCAAAAACCAUAUCUGAUUUAGUAAUUUAGACAAAUAGCGAGCUAGAAACCCUUCAUCGGUUCAGCUGGGUUUUUAGGUAUGAAAUCUCACAGAAUUAUGAUCCAGAAUUGACAGAUUAUUUGGUGGUUCGUGAUAACGCACUGAAGGAGAAUUUUGUCGGAAAGAAUUUCUAUAAAGCUCUUUGAGAUCAUGUGCCUAUUAUAAAGUUUGGAUGGAUCGCCGAAAGUGUCAAGAACCUGAGAAGAGCAGCUUAUGGAAAGUACAAAGUAUUUCAAACAAGGGAAAGAGCCCAAGCAAUGCUAAAUCACAUGAUAUUCACUAAUUCUUCUUUGCCGAAUCCAUUCACUGUGAAUAAACUAAAUGAAUAAUUUUAGGCUAUCU